UGUUUUUUUAACAUAACAUAGAUCUCGAUUUAAACCAACAAACGGUGCCUGGUUUGUUUUCGGCUUUGCUUUCUAUUUUACUUCGUGUGGUCUUUGUAUCACCUCGGCAUCAUUCUGUUCAAUCUAAUAUUUUUAUAUUUUCAGAAUACUUUGAUUGAUACCAGUGCGACCCCACCUUGUCCAUUUACAUUCUGCAGGCAUAGUAAACAAGGGCUGGAAUAACGGAAUUUUUAAGCCAAUCAAAAAUCCGGACAGUAGUUGUGUUAACCAAUCAAAAUAGAUCUAACUGCAUCCCCGCUGAACGCUCGACUUCACUGGGUGGACUGCACAUUUCUGUUGGAUAGAUUUGAAUCUGCAAUUCAUAGGGUUUUUGAGUCAACAUUCAAGAUAAAGAUGCAGUUCAUGCUGCUGUUCAGUCGGCAGGGUAAGCUGCGGCUGCAGAAGUGGUAUGUACCCCUGUCAGACAAAGAGAGGAAGAAGAUCUCCAGGGACCUGGUCCAGACCAUUCUAGCCCGUAAGCCCAAGAUGUGUUCCUUCCUGGAGUGGAGGGACCUCAAGAUCGUCUACAAGAGAUACGCCAGCCUGUAUUUCUGCUGUGCGGUGGAAGAUCAAGACAAUGAGCUCAUCACGCUGGAGAUCAUCCACAGAUACGUAGAGCUGCUGGAUAAGUACUUUGGCAGUGUGUGUGAGCUGGACAUCAUCUUUAACUUUGAGAAGGCCUGCUAGGAGGAG